UUAUAAUAGCGGCGGUGAAAUGUCAGAGCUGUGGCUGGGGAGAUGUGUGGCCAACAAGACAAUUCCAUCGCUGCGACAGCGACGAGGGAUAGGAGAGAUAGCCCCAGUAAAUAUCCUGAACAACCUGAAUAAUAACCAGGAGCAGGGGUCUCUGAGGAAUCGGAGUGUGGAACUGGACACUCCGGAUUGUAAUCUCUCUAGUUUAUCAGUUUCAGAUUCAGACUCUUUGUUUUUGGAGGACGUUGACGAGGAGACUAACUUUGUUCAGAUGGCUGUUACCACUCUCACUAAACAUAACUUACUCCUUAUUGAGAAGCUUCAGAGUGCAAAGUAUUACGAUUAUGAGCGGACUGAGCCAUCAUUGGAAACGAAGCAAAGUAAUGUAUCGGAGCUAACGGAAUCCUUAAACAUCCUGCCUCAGAUGAAUGAUAGUGAGAUGAAGUGUGCGAAGGAGAAGCUCCCCAUGGUCGCUUACAAUGAUACGGAAGUUUAUCUGCUCCGAAAUGAGAACUCGCGACUGAAGGGAGCUCUUGCGGAGUUCCGAGGACAGUCACUAGCUCUUCACAAACAGAUCGAAACACUUAAAACCUUACUUGCCAAAAACGAACAAGUGAACUGCUCCCAACAAAAGCGCUUUGAACGACUUGAACAACAAAUAUACUCACUUGGGAUUUCUCAGAGGAGGCAGCAAGACCCAGUUAACUCCGACUCCGACUCUCCGAGCAUAAAAAACCACCACCUGGACACCACCUCGCCACAGUUCAACCUCCCGGAAUCACCGAGCUCCAGACUAAACGUUGUGGAUAGUCCCACUUCUAGGCUCAGUCUCCCAGACUCUCCCGGCCGGCACAAUCUAGCAGAUCCUUCUUGUGGAAACACCAGAGCUAGGUCCCUCUCGGAAUGUGGCAGGUCCCCUCGAGCCUCUCCUGUCUACAGAAGCAAGAGACUCUCACACGGUCAGAGAUACGAUACCAGGUACAAGCCUCGCCGCUGUAUGAGGGACGUCUCUAUCACUUUCACAGGGUUUCGUGGAAUGCGAAGCUGUAGAAGCUAUAAAAGGAAAAAGAAUAAACGAGAACGACUGUACGCUACCUCUGAAAUUGACCAAACGUUAGCAGAUCAACUGUUCACCCCCUCCAAAAUUGAGCAAAGUUUAGCAGACAGAUUGUUCGCCGGCUCCGAAAACGAACAAAGUCUAGCAGAGCGACUGUUCGCCACUUCUGAACUAGAACAGAAUCUAAUAGAUCGACUCUUCGCCACCUCAGACACAGACCACAGUUUAGUAGAUCGACUUUUCCCCACUACACCAGCCGAGCCCUCAGAUAAUCUGACCCCAGUGAUAGAGGACGACUGUUUCGCAGACCUCCUCAGUUCCCCAGACGGGUGUCUUGCUGAUCGGCUCUUUCUAGAGCUCAUACCAGACUGUGCUGUACUGUGUUACGACUCCUUCUAUCAGGAGAGAAGUGAGAAGCAGGAGGAGGGGGGGCCUGUUAGGUCACCUUUUCAAGGAGUGGACUAUCUUAUUUGGGAGACGCCUCAACUUGGACCUCAUAAAGUAAUCCUGGUGGGAGACAGCGGGGUGGGCAAAAGUAGUUUCAUGCUCAGACUCUGUGAUGAUGCCUUCAACGAGAAGAUGAACCCUAGUUUUGGUUUAGAUUUUAAGACGAAAGUGAUAUCAGUUAACGGAACAGAAGAGAACAUUCAAAUAUGGGACACGGCCGGGCAGGAGCGAUUCAGAUCAAUAACGCAAAGCUACUUUAGAAAGGUGGACGGUAUAAUCCUAGUUUAUGACAUUACUCACGAAGAAUCCUUUCUCAACCUUCAAAACUGGGUCACCUGCAUUCAGGAGUCCGGCCAACUCUCAGCCCCAAUGACAAUCAUAGGCAACAAAUUAGACCUCGAACACUUGCGGUGUGUGUCUAGAGAAAUGGCUACUGAGCUCGCAAAUUUUUACGAGGCCGAUUUCGUUGAAGUGAGUGCUAAAGAUGGACGGAACAUCAACCAACUAGGAUAUGAUUUAGUCAGUAAACUAGUGGAACGGAGAGCAGUGAACACGAGGCAGGCCGACAGUUCCUUCCCAGUGACACGUCCCCCCACGAAAGAGUACUCAGAGGCCUCCUGCUGCGUCAUUCUGUGACACUAAUCACUGCGGAGGAGACCAUCUCAGCUACAAUUUCAACCAAAUAAUGACUCACAGUUCACAUAGGUCAUUGGAUCUUUUAUUGACGGAGGAUUUGCCCAGAAUGAUGAAUUAACAGCGGCCUGAAUUGUGAAUUUAGUCACGAUUAGACUUAGAGCAGAUACGACUCAUGGACAAAUAUAUUAUCACUUUGAUGCGUUUAUUUAAAUUUAUUGAUUUACUUGCAUAUUGUGGUUGUUCAUAUUUGUUAUGUAUUAAAAAUUUCGAUUGUUCUAAAUUAUAUGUAUGUUCUGACAAUUGAUUUUUCCGAUGACGAUUUAAUGUAACUAGAUUAUGAACGAACCUGCACUUGAAAUUGAUUUGACAUCAUAAUCACCAAAAUGAACUCUUAAUAUUAAUCUAGAUUAUUUAAUAGUAGAUUAAAAUUUUGUAUAUAUACAUAUGAAUGGCUGGUAAUGUCAGCUCGUGAAAGAAGAUGAACAUGCAACGUGUUUACCAAUAGUUUUAGGAAGUAUAUUUGGAGGUACUCCGAAAUUGUGUAUUAUUCGUGACGUCACUUCAACGUGUUGAGGUCCUUGAGAAUAUUUUAACCAGC